UAAAACCCAUGCUCACUUUCUCUCUUCUUGCAGGUAGCUGUAUAUACAGAGGCUGCUACACUCUUCACAGCCACUCCAGUCUCUGUGCCUGGGGUUUGUGCAGGUUGAAUCCAUUUACAGUAGUUAAGAUGUGUCAUCAUUAAAUGCCAGACCAGUCGCAAGCUGUGCAGUGGUCAAAAUGACAAAGUACAAACUUGUGCUGUUAAGACAUGGGGAGGGAGCCUGGAACAAGGAGAACCGCUUUUGCAGCUGGGUGGAUCAGAAGCUGAGCAGUGAUGGGAUAAAGGAAGCUCAGAACUGUGGGAAACAUCUCAAAUCCCUGGGUUUUGAGUUUGACCUUGUGUUUACAUCCAUCCUAACUCGUUCUAUUCAGACUGCUUGUCUGGUGCUAGAAGAAAUGGGUCAGGAAUGGGUCCCUGUUCAGAAAUCAUGGCGGCUGAAUGAACGCCACUAUGGCGCACUGAUAGGUCUCAACAGAGCAGAGAUGGCUUUGAACCAUGGGGAAGAGCAAGUGAAGAUCUGGAGAAGAAGCUAUGAUGUUGCUCCACCUCCCAUAACGGAAUCUCAUCCUUACUACAAUGAGAUUUAUAAUGAUCGCCGAUAUAAGUCCUGUGAUGUUCCGGAGGACAAGCUUCCAAGGGCUGAAAGCUUGAAAGAGGUGCUUCUUAGACUCCUUCCCUACUGGAAUGAAAAGAUAGUGCCGGAACUGAAAAGUGGCAAAACGAUCCUCAUAUCUGCUCAUGGGAACAGUGCUAGGGCCCUGCUCAAGCAUUUGGAAGGUAUCUCUGAUGAGCACAUAGCUAAUGUGACCCUUCCUACUGGUGUGCCAGUCCUUCUUGAACUGGAUGAAAAUCUGCAUCCUCUUAGCCCUCACCAGUUCCUGGGUGAUCAAGAGGCUAUCCAGGCUGCCAUUAAAAAGGUGGAAGAUCAAGGGAAAGUCAUACCUACUGAGAAGAAAUAAAUGGUGUUUACAGAUGCUGACCCUCAGCUGUGUGUGUGGUAACAAGUAAUACUUUGUUAGUGUUAAGUUGCACUUGACAGACUACUUCAUUUUAAGUGCUGUGUAAGUGGAGGGGCUUAUUAUUAAGUAUUAAAUAAGGAUAUUAGCCAGUCUCCUUUGAAGAUCAGAGUUGAGAUCUCAACAGGAGAAGGGAGAGUUAUAGGUGGGUGAAAAUAGAGUUAAUGAUUUCAUCUAGAUGAUAGUUAGAACAGCAUAUAAUUGUUACACAAUUUGCCUCAAAACUCAGUUUGAGAGAGGCCCAAGGCAGGAGUAGGAGGAUGUGUUACUGGUUUGGAAUGAGUAUUAGCAGAGCCUUAUAUGGGUAGCUUGCACUGCAUGGCACUGGGAUCACUAUAGGGUUAGUCUCUGACUUUCACCAGUGUUAUUCUCUCCCAAAUUGCAAAAAAGUAAGUGUUGGCAAUAAAGCACCUGAUUAACUGUCUGCUGGAAGUCCUCUCUUUUUAAGAUGCCUAUCCAUGUAACACACACACCUUUCCUUGAGCUUAUUGCAGUAAUGCUGCUAUGUUUGAUGCAGCUUUAUUUUUAGCAGCUCAUUUUCAGGCUCAAAGAAUCGCCUUGUGGGCUGAAGGCUAGCAAUUGUCCUGGAGGAGAACUUAAGUCAAAGUUGUUUGUUUGUUUUGGGUGGGGUUUUCUUGUGGACGUAGCUGUGUCUUGUAUACGCUAAACAUUGGCAUAGGCUAAUUUGCCAUGGAGAUGUUCUCUUUCUUCCUCUGCACCAUGUCUUUACCAAAACCUUCUUGUACAGCUAAAUUCUAUUGGGUUGUAUCAGGGCAUCCGUAGUAGGGCUUCAGUUUUGUAGCUCAGCAGAAGCUAGCCCAUACACAUAGCGCAAAGAGGUUUAAAGCCUAGGCAGAACUUUAAACUUGGCUUUCCAUCCCUCCUUGCAUUUUUUGAGGGCUUAAACACUUAAUAGGUGUGCUGAGCUUGAUUCAUUAAAACUGCUAGAAAUGCUCCUGUUGAUUCUACUGAGGUCUAAUCCAACACCUGUGAAUGUUUCCUUGUUCUCACUGAGCCUGCCAUGUACAGUCCCAGCUAAAGCAAGCUGGACUAGAGUGGCUUCCACAAUGAAGUCUUUACAAGCAUUUCCACAAGCACAGUUGCCAGGGUAUUCUCAAGGUCUGCUUCUUACAGAGGCAGAGAGAUUUUGAUGACAAGCAGGUGGAGGAAAUGUUGCUCAGUGAAAUAUCUACAGUUUUCUUUUAUGGUCUCUCAAAAAAGGCAAGAAUAUUCAAGUAAUUUCCCUCUGUCCUAUGAAUUUCUCAACCCCACUGGGCAGUCUCUCUUGCUUUUUUUAAAGCAGCUUUACAUCAUUUGUAUUUAGCAUUGUGGUGGUGGUUCUUACAUUCAGAAGUGACAGUAUAUUCCACGUUGUGACUAUUCAGUUUUACUUUGUUGACACAUGUGCAAGUGUUGUAGCUUUAAAUCAGAAUCUGUCCCAGUAAGUAAACCUUUACCAGUCCAAAGUCUGCCCCUGAGCAUAGUCUUCAGUGGAGACUGCCUGUACAAUUUGCAAAAGCAGAACGUGGCCUGGCUGUGGCUUCUGAGGUAAUGAGUCUGAAUUCCCUGAGUGUUUGGUCUUUUUCACUGAAAUAAAAAACAAACCCUUCACAUAUUGCUUUUUUUGCAGUGAGCAGCUUGCUAAUUCUUCUGAGAUUUUAUUUGUAUUUGGAAAUGGGCUGUCUCCUGAAGAUGUGAGCAGCAUGUCAGUGCUUCAUGCUUCUCUAGUCAUUUGGGCAACCACAGCUCUGAUACACUUUGAGUCUUUUGUAGUAUAGCAAUAGCUGGUGUCAGCAAAGCAUGUUGACUCUGACAUCCUGAAGAGAAGCUUCCUUUGCAUGAAUGUCUUUUGGACACCUGGGUUGUUUGUUGGUUUGUUUGGUUUUAUUAAUAGCACUUGCCAGUAGGGGGCAAGUUACACUUGUAUUAAGCCAAUGUUUCUCUUUUGAAAACAAAAAACAAAACAAAAAAAUCAAAAGCAAUCAGUCCCCAUUCCCCAUAGUUACCUGUGGACACUUGUAGGUAACAUUGCCUAUUACGUGUGGAUUAUUUAUGGUGUUGUAAAAAGAUCAUUUUAGAUUCAGAAGUUGCUGGCAGCCAGUGCACUGACUGCACUGUGACAGUCUAGUCAAAUACGCCUGCCAGAGCUAUGAGGAGGAGCCCCAUCACUAAGAUGACUAAUGGGGCUCAGGCAUUGAUGAAUUUGAUCACUAAAGUGGUUUUGCCCAUAACUCUAACAAGAGAAGAGUUUUGCAUCUGCAUGAUGUACUUUGGUGCCUGCUUAUGAAGAGGGAUGAGGGGAGGGAAAAGAGAGAGCUUACAAGAAAUAUAGUAUUUUGUAGAGAAUAAUUAGUAUAGUUUUGCAAAUAGGGUCACCCCCCUACCCUUGGCUGUACAUACACAUGUCCUACUGGCUGCAUUGGGAUGCAUGGACACGACUGAGGCCAGAAUACAGCCGACAGCUGUUUACAAUAAAACAAUACCACAGGAGUACAAAGUAAUUUUGAAGUGCUGUAGUUCAACUGUAAUACUCAGAGCUCUGCUAAAUAAACCAACCCACUCCAAGGUCAGACUUGUCCAUGCUUUUUGCAUAAUGUACAGGAGGGCUAGAGCUGAAAUGCUGUAGGUUGCACGUGAGAGGAAUAGUGGAAAUAACUGUAGUCCUACCCAGUAGGACUCCACUCUGCCACUGUGAUGGAUCUUUGGUCUGACCCAGUAAAUGGCAGUUCUUAUGCUCUAGAUACCAGUGCCUCAUGUCCUCCUGGGGGGGAGCACUUGUUCUAUGAAUGCCUGACCCUUGGGGGAGAGCAGAAGGGUAGGAGGGAAAGUGCUGAGUUAACAUGCAGGAGCUGCUGGCAUCAGUUCUAGCCAGGUAGGUGUGGUGGGGUGGUGGAGGGAAUGGUCAGAUCAGAACUUGUUUGAGAGAGAGCUGCAGAAAAUGAAAAGGGAACUGCAGCAUGGUAUGUAGAUGCUACAUUGUUCUUGCAGUGCUCGUGUCUAGAGGCAAUGGGAACACACUGGAAAGUUGGACUUCCAUAGCUCUGGCUGUGACUCCAUUUGAUGACUGAACCUUACCAAGUGUUUAUACUGUGUGCUCUUUAGCUUUGCCAGCAACAGACUGAGACUUGGACCUCAUCCCAGUGGCUUUCAGAUGCCUUUUAGUUAGCUGUAGGAUUGACUUGGAGGCCCAAUUCUAUGAGUUACUGAGCUUGUAACAUUCACCUUGUAACAUUGGUCUCUUAGUAUUCAAUACAACUAAGUUCCUGAUACACAAAAGGACAGAAGCCAGCUUUCAUCAGCAAGGACAGAGUACUAGAUCUGCAGGUUCUCUUGCAAAAGGGGGUAGGGGAGAGGCAGACUUGGUGGUCAUAAAAACCCGUGGUUGGGAGAUCGUAUUUUUUUUUUUCCCCUUGACUUCAGUUCCGUAAAUUAUUCAGUAUCUAUAAAGCUGGCACCCUAAGUCUGGUUUGUUGGGGGGUUUUUUUGGAUUUGAAGUGUGUGAUUCCAUGGGAUAAUAGUUUUGUGAUUUGGUUGAAAACACUUGUAAAUAUUGUAGACCUGGCAAGUUGUUCCUAAUGCAAUAAACUCACCUGAAAUGGAACUUUA